AUGACCAACACAAGGGCACAAGCGAAAAAGAAACCUAAGAAAGAAGGUGUCUGGGCGGAGGGAACUCACAUAGAAGCCGGGGAACAUGUUAAACCAAAGAAUACACCUGACUCUAUAAACGAUAAUCCUACUAUACCAGACUUGGAUAAUUUACAAGAUAUCUUAGAAAAGAAAAUAUUUAUACCCCCUAAGAAAGACGCAGAAACAGUUAACACUUUAGCUGGAGUAGGUGGAGGUAUCAGUGGCUCAACUAAAGGCAUAGAAGGAGUGCUUGAAGUGCGUAUGUCAUACGUUCCUCAAGUUAAGUCAGGUACUGAUGAUAUUAUAUGA